AGUUUCAUUUUCCUCGAACCGGUUCACUUUUCACUUUUGGUUUCCAAGGUUUUAUUAUAAUUCGGGUUAAAAAAACAGUGGUUUCCUUCUUGCUAAUGUCUGGCAACUCGACAAUUGGCUUGUACCGGUUUGACCAAUGACAUUUCUUCGAGUUUUCUUUCAAAGGGUUUUUAAUAUAUUUAUUUGAUUUCUUUGAUUACAAUCUAAAUUUUUAGUCAUUUUCAAAUACAAGAAUUAAAAGAAUAAUAAGACUUUACUAGUAAUGGAAGACGAGAAAAAAUUAACACCCGCUAGAACCCGCAAACGUUUGAAGCUUCGUCGUUUGGCAAGUAGUCCUGCGAGUACUGCUGGUGACCAACUUAUCAAAGAACAAUCAACCCUCAAUUUCUUGCGAAAGCUUAAACGAAUACUAUUCGCCACGUUGUUCUUGUCCGUCGCAGCUGCCGUUCUUUUGGGACAUCACCUCACACAAAACAACGCUCAGCAAAAUAGUCUUAUUCAAGACUUUCUUAGUAGCUAUCGUCGACAUUAUUAUCAAAUCGUGCAUGGUAUACCACAUUACUGUGAUGCAGAACUAAACGCACGAUCUGUGUUCGCACGGAUCAAUGAACAUCAAAUACUGCACCAAGAAGAAGCAUUGCAAAAACUUGAUAUAAUCCUGCGGAAUCAAACGCACUUCCGCUCUAUAGCCAUAGUUGGGCCCUCUGGAGUUGGCAAAACAAUGACAGCUAGCGCUUUAGGGGAACAUUUUCCAUGGCGGGAAAACGUGUGGACCUAUGCAU